CUCCAGAUCCUUCUGAGUUCGGACCUCUCAUUCACAACAAACACCCCCAUUUCUCUCUCUUCUUUCUCUCUCUAUUGUAAGAGUCUCAAUCCUUCAAAUUCAUUACCUCCACACUUAUAAAAGACUACCAAUUUCAAAUUCUUCGCGCUAGAUUUCUCAACCCUAAAAAAUAAUUUAAAGUUACCAACUUUUUUUAUCUUUCUAAACCCUAACUUUGAUUCAUUUCAUCAGUUUUCCUCUCCAGUUUGAUACCUUGAGCCGGAACGCCGUAUUGUGUUUUGGAAGAGUGGGGGACAGAAGUGAUUGUAAAUGGCAGAGCAGGGCUUGGAAGGUAGCCAGCCGGUCGAUUUGUCAAAGCAUCCUUCUGGGAUUGUCCCUACUCUCCAGAAUAUUGUCUCAACUGUCAAUCUGGACUGCAAGUUAGAUCUUAAAGCAAUCGCGUUGCAAGCUCGUAAUGCAGAAUAUAACCCGAAGCGUUUUGCUGCAGUGAUUAUGAGGAUUAGAGAACCAAAGACCACUGCCUUAAUAUUUGCUUCUGGCAAAAUGGUUUGCACUGGAGCUAAGAGUGAAAAUCAGUCAAAAUUAGCAGCUCGUAAGUAUGCUCGAAUUAUUCAGAAGCUGGGAUUUCCAGCAAAAUUUAAGGAUUUCAAGAUCCAAAAUAUUGUUGGAUCAUGUGAUGUUAAGUUCCCUAUCAGACUGGAGGGGCUUGCAUAUUCUCAUGGUGCUUUCUCUAGUUAUGAACCAGAACUAUUUCCUGGCUUGAUCUACCGAAUGAAGCAACCGAAGAUAGUGUUGCUUAUAUUUGUGUCAGGGAAGAUCGUUCUCACAGGAGCGAAGGUAAGAGAGGAGACUUACACCGCAUUUGAGAACAUAUAUCCAGUGCUUACUGAGUUCAGGAAGAGCCAGCAAUGAUGUAAAGCCAAGGAGAUGCUGAGAAUUUCUGCUCUAGCAGUUCUUAAUUCCUCCAUCAGGUCAAUUGUACAUAGAUGAAAAGAGUUGCUGGCACCUGCUUCUUGUGGUCUAAUUUACAAGUUCUAAUAUGAUGUGCUGCUGUGAGUGCUCAGAAACAGUUUUUCCCUGUAUUUCUCUCCCCUAGAUGAUGAUGAUGUAUAAGCAGAUAAGCUUCGCAAACUAUGAGUGUCAAAACAGUUUUUAUAAUGAGAAUUAUAUAAAUUUUGGAUAAACUUUCUGCUCAAUGGUUGCAAUACUUUUUCUCUGUUUUA